AUGCCAAUCCAAGGCCUCAUCAUUGCCUACCGCAAACCAGGUCUCUCUCCUGCCGAAUUCCAGACGCAUUAUGAAAACAACCACGUACCGAUUCUGCAGCGCCUAGCCGGUGACGACUUUUUCUUGAGCCAUCAGCGAUUCUAUCUCUCGCGAGGAGACGGCGUUCCCACGCCUGCGACGAUUGUUCUGGGUGGAGAUCAAGAUUUUGAUUAUGAUGCUCUGACCAUAGUCACAUUCAAAGACAAGGAGCAUAUGGAUCGCUUUAAUGCGAAAACAGGCAGCCCAGAAGCAAGACAGGAAAUUGAAGCAGACGAAGAGAGAUUUGUGGAUCGGUCGAAAUUGAAAAUUGUUCUUUUCGGGGAUGUCAAAGAGACCGUGAACGAGAAGGUGUAA